UAAGAAAAUGCAACACGGAAAUGGCUAAAUCUUCGUCUGCUAGCACCGCAGUUCCUAACUUAAAAGAUUAUGUUUUCACGGAGAAACUUGGCAGUGGAACCUAUGCCACGGUGUACAAAGCCUAUAGAAAGAUAGGUAUUCGAGAAGUUGUGGCAAUAAAAUGUGUAUUGAAGUCCAGUUUAAAUAAGGCCUCAACAGAGAAUCUCCUCACUGAGAUUGAGCUGCUGAAGAAGCUGAAGCAUCCAAAUAUUGUAGAGUUGAGAGACUUCCAGUGGGAUGAUUCCUACAUCUACCUGAUCAUGGAACACUGCAGCGGUGGGGACUUCUCACACUUCAUACGCAAACGCCGUCGUCUACCUGAACAUCUGGUGAAAAGGUUUCUGCAGCAACUAGCUGGUGCCAUGAUGUACCUGUGGAGCAAGAAUGUGGCCCACAUGGAUCUGAAACCCCAGAACAUCCUCCUCACAUCGGUCACACACCCCACCAUCAAGAUAGCAGACUUUGGAUUUGCAAAGCACUUGUUUGAGGGUGAUGCUUUAAAUGUGAUGAGAGGGUCCCCUCUGUACAUGGCGCCAGAGAUCAUCUGUAAAGGAGAAUAUGAUGCCAGGGUGGAUCUGUGGUCUAUAGGUGUUAUACUGUAUGAAUGUCUGUUUGGGAGAGCCCCCUUUGCCUCACAGAGCUUCAAGGAGUUGGGGAGUAAGAUAUGGGAUGCCAAACCAGUAGAGCUGCCCUAUGGAGUGGACAUCACAGAGGAGGCCAGGGACCUUCUAAUUCAACUGUUGAAAAGGAGCCCUGAAGAGAGAAUUACAUUUGAAAAAUUCUUUGCUCAUCCAUUUGUGGAUAUGACCCAUAUGCCAUCAGAUGAUAGCAUGAAUCAAGCAAUUGAGCUGGUCACACAGGCUGUGAAGAAAGACAAUGAACGGAACUACAAGGCUGCUAUCAGGUUAUACACUGAAGCUCUAGACUUCUUCGUGGCAGCUGUACAUUAUGAAAGGAACCCCAACAAGAAAGAAGUCCUGAGGAAGAAGGUCAAAGAGUACAUGGACAGAGCUGAAGUGUUGAAGACCUUACUCAAGCCACAGAAGCCUGAAGACUCACUCAGCAGAUCCCUGUCUCUCAACGAAUAUGAAGAACUCCAUGACCUUUGUGUGGGGAAGCCGGAGUUGCAGGCCGCUCUACGACUGAUCAAAGCUGCAGAAUCUGAGACAGACAAAGAAAAGUUUGAGCAGGCCUUACAUCAUUAUGAGCUGGCCCUUGCACCUCUAGUCAAGUUUCUCCCUGAGGAACCCAAGGGAAGGAGGAAAGACUUGCUGAAAAAAGAGCUGGAGAAGUGGAUGGGCAAAGCGGAGGAGAUCAAGUCAUAUCUGUCGGUGAAGUCCCUGUCGACGGAGCCAGUCACGAAGCAGGAUGAGGAGGAGAAUGAUCAGUAUCUAGCAUCCUGUUGUGUCCAGUAGAAGCUGACCACACAUCAAACAUCACAGGGCAAGCUUCCGCCAUGUCAGGGCACAGUUCUGUGUAUCAUGUAUACAUCAUCACCAGGCUCGAUUAUGUUAGAUCAUGUAUAUACCCACUGAACUUUUGUAAGUUAUCACAACUGAAUGUUGCAUAAAUGAGAUAAUAUUGUUUAUCUUACCUAGCACAUAAAUGUCGCUUUCUGAUUGGCUUGAGCGCUCUUCUAUUAUUUUCAAUGUACCCCGCUUACAAGCAAGUAAC